AUGGCAUCGGCGGCGAGCAGGAAGGCACCGUCGCUGGUGGUGGCGGCGAGCGUGGGCGCCGUGGAGGCGCUCAAGGACCAGGCGGGCCUCUGCCGCUGGGGCUACCCGCUCCGCUCGCUCUACCGCAGCGCCGCCGCCGCGCCCACCGUCCGCGCGCUAUCCGCCUCGCUCCGUGAGGCCCGGUCGGCGUCGUCGGCGGCGGAGGACACGAAGCUGCGCAAGACCCACCACCUCGUCUGCUGGGGGCCCAACUGA